CAGGUGUUACCAGAGAAACGGACUCUGAAACUGCUGAAGAGCCACAACAUCAACGUGAAUUGGUACAUGUACUGCCCCGAGAGUGCUGUCAUUCUGCUGUCCACCACAGUCCUUGAGAAUGUCCUGCAGCCUUUUUAUUUUAGGGCUGGCACCAUGUCGAAGCUGCCCAAGUUUGAGAUUGAAUUACCAGCUGCGCCCAAGUCAACUAAACUCAGCCUUUCGGAGAGAGACAUUGCGAUGGCUACCAUAUACGGGCAGCUUUACGUUCUCUUCUUGAGGCAUCAUUCUCGGACCUCCAAUAGCACAGGCGCGGAGGUGGUCCUGUAUCAUCUGCCACGAGAAGGUGCCUGUAAGAAGAUGCACAUAUUGAAGUUAAACAGGACGGGGAAGUUUGCCCUAAACGUGGUGGACAACCUUGUGGUCGUGCAUCACCAGGACACAGAGACAUCGGUCAUAUUUGACAUUAAGUUGCGGGGCGAGUUUGACGGCGCCGUUACCUUCCACCACCCCGUGCUUCCGGCUCGAUCGAUCCAGCCCUAUCAGAUCCCCAUGGCAGGUCCUGCUGCUGUGACCAGCCAGUCUCCCAUUCCAUGCAAACUCUAUUCUUCAUCCUGGAUUGUCUUUCAACCUGACAUCAUCAUCAGCGCAAGCCAAGGUUACCUCUGGAACCUCCAAGUGAAACUUGAGCCCAUAGUAAAGCUCUUGCCGGAUAAGGGACGAUUGAUGGAUUUUCUUCUCCAGAGAAAGGAAUGCAAGAUGGUCAUCCUGUCUGUCUGCUCACAGAGUAAGUAG